AUCAAUUAUCACACCAACUACUCCACUGUCUCCGUUUUCCCUUCUCAGAUUCACAUCCCACCUCCAUUUCCAUCCAUUCUACCGAAAAUCCCAACAAAAAAUUGAAGGAAAAAAAAAUGGCAACCCGCCCUGACCAGCCGCAGACACAGCGCUCAUCUAGUCAGGCGGUAAAAACCACCACAGCAGUCGCCGUGGGGGGUUCACUUAUGUUUCUGUCGGGGCUGAUAGGCCUAGUUUUGGCAACGCCCCUUUUGGUGAUUUUCAGUCCUGUGCUAGUCCCAGCUGCUGUAACCAUCUUUCUGAUUCUUGCAGGGUUCUUUGUAUGUGGAGGUCUUGGCGUAACUGCUAGCUUUAUUUUCUAUUGGAUGUUCAGGUAUGCAACUGGGAAGCACCCCAUCGGUGCAGAUCAGCUGGAUCGUGUGAGAGAAAAGAUUGCUCGUGCCAGCUUUAUUUUCUAUUGGAUGUUCAGGUAUGCGACCGGGAAAAACCCCAUUGGUGCAGAUCAGCUGAAUCGUGCGAAAGAAAAGAUUGCUGAUGCAGCUAAGGAGAUGAAGGACAAGGCUGAAGAUUUUGGGCGCCAGGAAGCUAAGGAGAUGAAGGACAAAGCUGAACAAUUUGGGCAGCAGGUAGCUAACGAGAUGAAGGACAAAGCUGAACAUUUAGAGGAGAUGAAGGACAAAGCUGAAAAUUUUGGGCAGCAGGCAGCUAAGGAGAUGAAGGACAAAGCUGAAAAUUUUGGGCAGCAGGCUCUGCAGCAGAUUAAAGGUUUCCGAGCUUGAGAUACUUGAUGGAAUAUUGUGCAAGCAAUUGAUGUAUGAUGAUGCAUGAAUAAACUUUGUGCUCUAAUUAUGGGGGAUUGUGACUUUUUAUGUUUCCUAGUUAAUCGGCGAAUUAAUUGUUGUUGUGACUGUUGUAGAGAGUGGGGAUGGGUUGCUGUUUCUCUCAACUCAGCUUGCUCUGUGAGUUUGUAGUUGGAUGUGUCGUUUCAUGUGUGCUAAAACAUUUGUGUUUCUUUUAGGCUUCUAACUCCAUGCUUUUUCUUU